CCGCGUAAUCACGUGACCAUACCGCACAGCCGUGUCGCUGUGGCUGUGACUUCAACUCAUAAAGUUUUGCCGGAGAGACGCAAGGUUUAAAAGAAGGACAGGUGAAACCCACUGGUGUUCGCGAUAUGGAUUUACGGUUGAUACUAUUUGUAAUCAGCAUAGGGAACAGCAUUGACCCAGCAGGUGCAGGGACACCCGUGAAGUACAUGAUCAACUCGUGCAAGUCCGGUGUUCCCAUCUAUGUGAAUACAAGUCUGAUACUGGAGCUGACGCGUGAGUUUGCAGAAGACCGUUCACUUACCGGGUUCAGACACUGCGCUGUUGAUGUGGAAACGACUCCAUCACAGCGACUCUUCCUCCACUACGAGGCUAUCAGCAUCUCUGCCGAUGCGGGAACCAAAGACAGAUUACACGUCUAUGAUUACAAUGAUGACGGUAAGCGAGUGCGUGUGACCCCACCCAGUGGUAUAUAUGGAGUACUGGAACAUCCAUACUAUAAUUCUAACACGGCUCGAGUUCCUGUCCGGGACUACAAGUCUUCCAGCAACAAGAUCCGUGUUGACUAUUUCGGGAAGCCCACAGUGAUGUACCAAGGGUUCCGUCUGCUCCUCACAGUAUAUACACCCACACAGCGUCAUGGCGGGUGUCAGCAUGGCCUUCUUACAUGCGUGACAGAGCAUAUGUGCAUAUCCCCGAGACUUCACUGUGACGGGCUCGCCAACUGCGGCAGCCGGGACGGCUCGGAUGAACACCAUUGUCACGCCAGAGCCGAGGCAACUACCGAUCUUCUGGACUCUUAUUCCGUAGUGCACGCGGUUGUUGCAGCAAUCGUGUCGUGUGCCGUGUUCCUCCUCGUGGUCACCGCCGCGAUGUGCUGGGUGAAGAAACAUAACCACAAGCAUGAGUUCAAACCCAAGUCCUGUGUCCGCUGGGCGAGUAAUGGCACGGUGCGCACUUCCAUGACGCGACUGUACGCUCCCCCGUCGUAUGAGAGUGUCGUGGUCGACACAGAAGAUAACCUAGGUCCCCCUCCAGAUUACAGUGUCGUUGCAGCAUCCGGCGUCUCCCACGUCGCUGAGGAUAACCACAAGUCCCAAAACGACCUUAAACCAUCGUAUUCUUCCGUUGAAGUCGCUAUACUGCACCAGCAACCCAGGGAAUUGUCCAUGGAACUCAGCACCAAUGAGGACCACGCCUGCUCGCUGUCCACUGAAAGUAGUGAUACAGACCCUGGUGAUUCAGGGUCGAAAGAGACUUUGGAGGAUACAUCGGAUUAUGUGUCACGUAACUCGUUGCCUUAUGCUGAUAGCCUACACAAAAUGGCUGGGAGUAUUUCAGAGAAAGGUGAUGUUACAUUGGUGACCCUAUAGCAUAUCCUAGCGGUAGUUUUUCACCCAGCCAAAUCCAAUCUUCCAUUGUAUCGACAGCACUGACUGCUGUGUAUUAACUGUGUAUGUGUUCUAUUUUGUACCUAAUCUUGAAACUAUAUUAUUUCACUUUUACAUCAACCGAUAUUGGUGAAAUUGGCCACUAGGGUUCGCCAACAGAGGAUCACUUCACACACCCAUCAUAAUGUUACCAAUGCCGAGCAGUUGCGUGAAGAUUCGAGCCCAGUCACAUCUGUGACUGUUAAGGAAGUCAAAUCCACAUUCCACUGAAUGACCUUCGGGAUGGGUUCACUUCCGGUAAUCUUGAAAACAAUUGAUGAUUUGGACUGAUUCUUAACACAGUGCAAGUAUGUACAUUGGGUUAUGUUUGUCCUUGCUAUUGAUGGAAUGAACUUGUCAAUCCUGUAGAAGUCACUAUACUACCAUUCAGGCUACUGGGAUGGCCAUAUCAUAUGCAUGAUGUAAUGUCGACAUUUCCAUGUGUCCUUUUCACCCUCUCUCUUCAAUACGUCAUAACUACAUAUUCUGAAUGAAUAAUAACAGUACUAUGUGUAUGUAAAGACAACAUGUUGGCCUCUGACAUCAGAGAUGGGAAUAUAUUGAAUUCAAUCGGUCCAGCAGUCCUGUGAGGGCCGGACUGCUGAAUAAAAUACACUGACAGUUUCACAAUCGUCAUACUUUCCUUUGUAUCGUCCUUAUUCACAAAUACCCGGUUCACCGGGGACAAAUGUAUGCCUCUGUGUGACUGAUUUGUAUCCAGAACGUCUGGUAAUAUAUCAUUUUCAACAUUCA